GAAUAGUGGGGUAGGUAAGUGAGUGCCACUGUUUACUUAUCGGUUGAUCAGAGAAGACAAAGAAGAAACAAAGCAGCAGAGGAGUUAAGGAUGCCGUGUCUCAACAUCUCAACCAACGUCAGCCUCGACGGCGUCGACACUUCCGCCAUUCUCUCCCAGGCCACUUCCACCGUGGCCACCAUCAUCGGAAAACCCGAGGCGUAUGUGAUGAUUGUUGUCAAAGGAUCUGUUCCUAUCGCCUUUGGUGGUACUGAGCAGCCAGCAGCAUUUGGUGAGUUAGUGUCCAUUGGGGGACUCAGUCCUAGUGUCAACAAGCAACUCAGUGCUGCCAUUGCUGAAAUUCUUGAAACUAAAUUGUCUGUUCCCAAAAACCGCUUCUUCUUGAAGUUCUUUGAUUCCAAGGCCAGUCAGAGUCAAGAAUAUGCACAAUGUCUACAUGCUUUACACCAGAACUAGAUCAUGGCUCUGACUUUGGAUGGAAUGGCUCUACUUUCUAGACUUGUUGUUCGGUUUACUUCUGAUGUGCUAUUUAAACUAAUAAAAAAAUUGACUCCUUUAAGUGGGAGAAACUUUAUUAAUAUCUAGAAUCGGGAUAGCUCUAAUGUUAUCACCUGAAAUGUGACAUGUCUGUGCUUCUAUUUUUGAUUCUGAAUGUUCUAGACUUAAUCAAAGAUCUUACGUGUCUAUCGUGUUAACUGUA